AUGAGCUCGAAGCGCAGAAGCGGCCCUGCAGGCUUGCCCGAAGACUUUGCGGCCACGCCAGAUCCCAAGCGACGCAAGCGUAACGACUUGGCCAAACUACAUCAUCCCCAGGACACCUUUUUCCCCGAUGUAGAAACGGCCGAGACAACCACCGAGCAAGGCCUCAAGUUGAUCAAUCAAUUGAAACGGUCCCAAGAUAAAAAUGGACGGCCAGUUGCCGGUCACUUCAUUGAUCUUCCUCCCAAACAGGGAAAUGAACGCUAUUAUCAACAGACGGCCAUGCCGCUCUCGCUAAACAUGAUUGAGCAGCGCUUGGAAAAAUAUGAAUAUCCAAACAUGGAAAUGCUCGAAGCAGAUCUCAAGCGUCUAGUGCAAAAUGCAAAGGAUUACAACUCAAGCAAAUCAAAUGUUUUUGAAGACGCCGAGCGCAUACGAAAGGCUUUGUCAAAUUACAUGCCCAAACACAAUCCUGCUUAUCUGCGACCGGACUAUCGAGCAUACCCGACACCAAUCCCGCAAGACUUGAUUGAUCGGGUGAGGGAAUCCUCUCAAGGCUCUUCUGAAGCGGCCGCACAACCAGAGAAGAUCAAACUUCAUUUCUCCAGAAAUACUGCCAGACGACGGAGUGAAGCCACCCCAAGCACCCCACGUGAUUUGAAAGCAGAUAUCAAGGUUGAGUUACUUUCCUUUCUCGAUGAGUUAUCCGAGCAAGAUGAUGCUAUAAAUUUCGAAGAGAAAGUUUCGAAGAAAGACUAUCCCAGUUAUUACAAGACAAUCGCCAAGCCGACAUCCAUCUCGGAUGUGAGAGCUCUCGUUCAGAAAGAUUCCAUACAGGACUGGGAUUCGCUUGCACGAGAAGUUCGGUUGAUUUGGGACAACGCGAAACAGUUCAAUGAAGAGCAGUCCCCGAUCUACGACAUGGCAGAAGUUCUUGACUCUUGGUCGGAGCAAGAACUCCAGGAUCGUGGUGCUGCCCCACGACGAAAUCUUAGACUCUCUCUCUCACAACCAACAAAACCAAAGGCACUCAGACUGACAAUGGGCUCGUCCACACCCACUCCAACCGUUGCUGGUGGGACAAUUGAUAACGAAUCUCUUCGACGUCAAAAAGAAGAAAUGGGUCAAGCCCUCAAUCGCGCCCAGAGAGCAACUUCACGUGUUCAGCAAGCCAACGGUUCAACACCUGUUCCUUCUAGCGCAGCAAUCAGUGUUCGACGCAGCAUCUCCAUCAUCACCGAUCAACAGGACACCAUCAUGUCAGAUACCAAUGGUUCAGAUACUCACAAGGGUCAAGAUACAGCUCGCAAAACCUCUCAAACUCCCGGUGUAGCACAGCUUCCAACUCCUGCCGUGGAGACUGAUCCCCAGGAUCCGACAAAGCCAUUGACAAAUGGUAUUCACAAACAUGAAUCAUCUGCCACACCAGAAAGCAGUCAUGCCGCCAAUGUUGUCAGACAAUCCGAUAGUCCUCUUGAACGAAAAUACCGUGACCCUGGCAAAGAUGUCACCACUGCACUUCUCGCUUCAGUCACCUUCAUGACCAAUCCCAAUGGCCCAUCUGACCCCAAGUGGAAAUUGACCCGUUAUGCUUCACCCAUCAAAACACAGACUUCUUGCUUGACUUGCCUUCCAAUGAAUCAUCAGUAUAUGCGCAUCAUUCCUCGCUUUACCUCUGAAUUGAAGCGUCGCCGACGUCAUCGUUCCUUCGUAGUGGUCAAUGGACAAACCAUUCCACAGCCGACUUCUUCUUCUGUCGAGGGCGCUUACGAUGUGCUAUUGAAACCUGGUACGAACGAGAUCAGUGUUGAAGUACUGGCCGAUCUGAAGGAAGGAGAACGAAAGGACUAUGCACCACCUCAGCUACAAUUUGAUUUCGAAAGACUGUCAAUGAUCAUCAACCUAGGAUUACUUGAUUGA